AUGUCCACCGACGAACAGCAGAUACCAUCAACAUCUACAACAAAAGAAAUCCAAUAUGAACAAUAUGAAAUUGAAAAUGGUGGUUCCGACAGGCCAAUAGCUUCUUCUUCAACAGCCGAAUCAUCAAAUCAUACAUUGCGUGAUGAUAAUUUGGAACAACAUAAUCCUGCGAUGCAACGUCUUAAUAGACGUGGCAUACCGAUAACCUAUUCAAAACUUUCAGACCGGUAUACUUUCUCAUUUUCUGCUGAUUUAAUAUCCCAGUUCGAUAAAUAUCGAGCACAUAUGCGGGAAAGUAUACAGCAGGAAUUAGAUAAAAUUUACGCAGAGUCUGAUAAGAAUAAAGAAGAAAUAUUUAGUAUACAUCAAGUUCAUCAUGGGCCUGCAGCAUCUGUACAUUCAAAUUCACAAGAGGCAUCAACAAGAAACAGAUCGACAGAUGACGCACCAAAAUCUUGUUUACCGACAAAAUCUUCAAAUAAGCAUAAUCGUGGAAAGUCUUUUAGAAUUUCAUUUUUGCAUCUUGAUACCUUAUCAUCAGACGUUGAACGACAACGUUGUACAGAAUCCGAUUUUGCAAUUAAUCAAAGGAGACAUAAAUCAAGAUUGACAUUUAUCAAAAAAUUACCAUUUGUUUCAAGUUGUGCUG